UCAAGAGAGGCAGGCCAGCAGGUUGCAACGAGAGGCAGGCGAUCCAACCUCGACCCAUCCCGGGCAAUCCCUUUAUCAGUAGAGCUAUACCAUCGUCCCUUGCCUUUCCGACGCCAGACACCACCUUCGAGGCCGACACGUGAUCAGCCAUGACCCACCCGCCAUCGCUGCAUCUCUUCCCGGACCCUCGGCAGCAGCGGCAGCACCACCAUCACCACCACACCCAGCCCAGGGACGCCGGUGCGCCGGUGGAAGAGUGGCCGCUGCGGCGCGCUCGCCGCCCGCACUCGCGCUCACUCGCAUCGACGCUGUCUGCUGCAUCGCUCUUUUCCGAAUCGCACGCAGACCCGCUGCCCUGCACCGCUGCAUCCACACCCGCGCCCCCGCCUCCUUCACCUCUGUCCGUCCCGCGCGGCCAGCCGCACAGGCACAAGCGCCCGCUUUCGCACUCGGUGCGCGAGUACGCCGCAUCGUGGAUCCCUGCCGCGCUCGCAGAGUACUGCUAUGCGCAGCCGCAGCCGCAAGGUGUGCUCCCGCACCUACCCACGCGCGCCAGCACGGAUCCGCAUCCGCAUGCACCACGCGAGGCGCAUACGGGUAUGCAGCGCAGCCACUCGAUAAACAGCUCGGUCGCGACCGUCAUGCCGCGCCACGUCCGCCACCGCCGCCGCCAGGAGCUCCCGCUCCAGCAUCCGCAGCAGCAACGCACAUGGUACCACUCCCUGCCCAUGCCGACGCAGCCUUCAUCGCCUGCCACGAACGUGUCGCGCUCGUACACGCCCCGCCGUGCGCGCCGCCCACUGUCUCCACCGCACCUCGACAGGCGCCGGCUCGACAAGGCCGUCAGCCUCGCGGUGGAGGCUGCGCAGGCCGCCGAGCAGGACGAGGCGCACCGCAGCGCACGGUCCGAGGCCCGUUGGCUUGCGAUGCAGCAGCAGCACCUGCCAUCGUCCUCGUCCUCGCUUGGGCUGCAGCUCGUCCCUGCAUCCCCUUCACCAUCGUCUUCGUCUUCGUCCGUUUCUGACGCAGGCGCCGAUGCGCCGCUAGCCGCUACCGCCAUUCCGUUUCCAUCCUGGCGUGCGAAUCAGGAAGAUUCGCCGAUGCUGCACAGCAGCGAGGGACGCGAGGAGCGUGACGCCUUCGCUGGCGGCGGGACAUACGCCGCGCGCGCGCGCACUCGCGUCUCGCGCUUUCUCAGCCUGCCGCGCAACGCGACAUUCCGCAUGCGGCAUCCGUUUGGUGAUGGCGGCGCGACGAACGAGGUGGGGGAUACCAGCGCUAGCGGCAGCGCAAGCGCAAGCGGAAGUGCUAUCGGCAGCUCGCCGCGGAGCGCCUCAACGUGUCUCUCUUCACCCGUUUUCAGCAUCGCCCAUAAGGACGACGUAGACAUGGACGGACUUGACGCGCAGGACACACACCACGACUUUGACUUGGACCAGGACAUGCUGCACGCUGCCGCGCUCGCGGACGCAGACGCAGAAGCGGCGCGCGCCGACUCGGACUUCUCGCUAGACUUGUACAUCUCAAGCCUGGCGUAUCUCCUUUCGGCUCUGCCCGCCCGCGAGGCGCACGGCGUCAGCGACAGGCACCGCGCAGAGAUGCGCGCCAGGCUCACUGAGGCGCUCGACAAGAUCGGCGGCGCGCACGCGCAGGACGAGGCCGAUGUAUGGCAUGCAGGCCGAGGUGGGGCGGAGGACGGCUCCGACUUGGCGCGCUUGAGGUACGAGCUUGCGCAGCUCCAACGGGCUGUGCAGCAGCAGGCCGUAGCCCCGUCCAGUGUCUCUGUUAGUGGCACGUCGACGCCGAUUGUGCAUCAUCACUACCACACCAUCGCAGGGGAUAGCUCGCUCGUCGCGUGGAAGCAGCCUGCACCGAGGCUGCAAGAGCUCCAGCAGCAGCAGCAGCAAGACGCUGACGAGAGCAGAACAGCAAAUGCUGGCGCCGCAAAGUCACGGGCAAAAAUAGACACACCUUCGCCGCCGCACCCCACAAGCCGCGCGUCAAGCAUGGUAGGCACCAUCGCCUUCGCCGCACUAGACACCGGCCUUGCCGUUACUGCCGGCGCCGUCUCGCUCGCCGCACGAGGCGUGGCCUCCAUCGUUCCUCAGCGUCUGGCGGGUGGCGCGUCGGCGUCAGGAACGAAAGGCACGAACGCAACGCCGCCGCUUCUGCCUGAUCAGCAGCAGCAGCCAUCAGACGAUGCGUCUGCGCCCAUGACACCACAGCAGCGCGCCGCCAAGGCGCAAUGGGACCUGGCGCUUUCGCUCGCCGGGUCCGCAGCGCAGGCUCUGUCCGCCACGCUUUCCGCUUCUCUGUCGCAACCCGUGCCAGCAGAGACACAUACGGAGGCCGUUUUGCCGCCAUCCACCACGCAUGCCUCCAUUGCGAGCCGAGGCUGGGCGCUCGCACGUCGACACAGCACGAGCGACCUCCUGCAGCUCUCGGCCGACUCGGGCGAGGCAGCCGCCGACAUUGAGCAGCGCGUCGUGCUCCUCACCUCGAGUGUUGCGCGCGCGAUCAAGCGCUCGCCUCUGCCGACACAGCUGGCAUACCUCUUGCGGCAGGUCGUCCAGCUGCUGCGCGCGCUCGACCAGCGCUAUGCGCUGCGCCAGCGCGCUGUGCGCACGGCCAUACGCCAGGCUGGCGUCACGGUGCGCUUCGUCCGGCAGCACCAGUUGCACAUUCUCGUCGUCCGUGCGACGCUCGCCGCGUUUGAGGCCGCUAUCGCCGCCAUCGAGGCUUACAGAGACGAGACCGGUUGGCCUGACAGUGUGCCUGGAUCGCCCAUCAGCGCUCUCCUCCACAAGGCGCUCGACGCACCGCCCGUGCCCGCGCCUCCGGUGACUUCGGUGGCUGCUGGGCAGCAGCAUCUGAAGCAACCGCAAAUGCAAGGGAUAGCUGCGUGAACGCUGCCGCGAUCUCCCACGCGUUUACUUUCGAUCUCGACUCUAGGUCCAGGACAAUCAAGCUUGCACUAAUCACUAUAGAUCUCCACCACUCCAAGUCCGCCUCUCCGCUUUGCUCAGUUUUUGUUUG